AUGGAUGAGGUCAAUCUGCGUCGCAAGGACACCACUAAGGGUCCGCCGCUACGGAUUCUGUCUCUAGAUGGAGGCGGCGUCCGCGGUUACUCCAUGCUCAUUAUUCUUCAGGAACUCAUGUAUCGGACGUAUGUCGAGUGCGAAGGCAAGCCGCCUCGCCGCGACCAAAUACCUAAACCCUGCGACCACUUCGAUCUGAUUGCCGGCACCGGUACUGGCGGGUUGAUCGCGAUCAUGCUGGGCCGUCUUCGCCUCGAUCUCGAGACCUGCAAGGAAGUUUAUGUACGCAUGACAAGGAGGGUUUUUGAGACGGACAAGACUAUCGCCGGUAUUCCUUAUCGCUCGACUUUGUUCAAGGCCUCGAAACUCGAAGAGGCGAUCCGGGAAUGCGUGCGCGAACAUACAGUCUUCGAGGCCGAGGGCAAUGACCAACCGACCGUCAGCAAUAACCCUCGAGCAUCGAUCACAAGUCUCCCCUAUACGAGUCCGGGCUCUGCUCCACAGAGGUCCGUCAGUCGAGGUAGUUUUAGCACGUCGGCGAAGUCCCACCCCCAGAGUCCGUCAACUCAAAGAGGGUCCACUUUUUUGAAUGGCCUGCGCUGGGGGAAUCCAGAGGCUCUCCUCUACGACAACCGAGAAUUCCGGACGAAAACUGCUGUCACCGCGUUAUACAAAGGAACCCAGCGUAACGGGUCAGCUGUGCUUCUGCGCUCCUACGACUCGCGCCGAGAACCCCCGCCCGAGUUUGACUGUACCAUCUGGCAGGCUGGCCGCGCCACGUCAGCUACAGGACUUGCCUUCAAACCCAUCCAGAUUGGCCAACAUGUGUUCAUCGACGAAGGGCCUGGAACCUACAAUCCGGCACCACAGGUCCUCGAGGAAGCGGUUGCCAACGAGUGGCCUGGUCGAGAAGUUGGCGUUUUCGUCAGUGUUGGAACUGGGCGACGCCCUCCCGGCACUAACAACCGACAGCAUGAAUGGUGGGAGGAUUUCUUUGGUUCUGCGACGGGCACCUUCGCCGAGGCACGACGACGAUUGAUUUCGAAAAUCGAGGGCUGUGAGACUAUCCAUCAAGAAAUGCUGCAAGACACGCUUGCCAAGCGUGGAGUCCCCCAGGACAACUACUACCGGUUUAAUGUGGAGGUUGGCGUGGGCGAGUUUGGUAUGAACGAGUGGAACCGGCUGGCGGACAUCAGCACGAAUACCCGGCAAUACCUAGCCAAAGGGGAGGUGAAAAAGAUGAUCCUCGACUCCAGUGUGAAGUUUGCCAAGAUCGACCGCAUGAACAAGCGCCUUGCCCAGCAUGCGGCCGCCGGAGGUGACCGUGAUGACAUGUCAUUUGACCUCGAGCGGGAAGAGAUCAUGGUCCACUCGCGCAACCCCUCGACCUACUCGGUGCCACCACCAUCGAAUCAAUUCGCAAUCGAGCUACCUGCCUCGCCGGUCGAAUACUUUCCCCAUCACCCCUCGCAGGCCUCUCCUCCAGUCCCUUCUAGUGUGACUGUGACCGCACCACCAGGACCGGACUCGCUACCCGCACAUCCAACUCCCCACGACAACAGCCUUCCUGUCUCACCCACGCGACACUCCAGCAGUGAUAUCGCUAGCUUCCGUCCCAGUCACGAGUAUAGCCGACCUCCCUCGCAAGGGCUGGGAUCUCCUGGGCGCAGCGCCGAGCACGUUCCAUCUUAUAAUGUGUCGCCGCUCAACGGCAUGCCCCCGCCCGUUCCGCCCAAGACACCCAUCCCAUAUCCAUCUACUGAGGACGGCAGUGUCUCUAUGCCUGCGCCGCUCUUCUCUCAACCGCACGUCCCCUUGCCAAGUAGCAAGGUGCGCCCGCCAUACCCCGUGGACGAGCCUCCGCCCGUGGUCAACAGACAGCGCAAGCCGAGUUACCACGUGCGGUGA